CCAGCGCAAAAGAAAUAAGAGACGUUAGGGAUUUAGCGUUAGUCGUUAGGUAUUGUUAUUGACCCAUUUUUUUUCCCCCUUUUUCUCCUUCAUUAUCCAAAGCUUCUUUUUUUUCAUUUAGAAGUCCCAUUCAUGGCCGCUCUCUUGCCUGUCUUUCUCUGCAUCUCUCACGCGUUCGAUUGCAAAAUAAAAAAAGAACAGCAAUUGCCAUUUUCUGCCUCUCCCUCCAUUUCUGUGAAGACCAACUAGACGCUGAGCAUCUUCAGAAACCGUCUCUACGGCAGAUCAACAUACAGAUCUAGAAGGAAGGUUACAGAAGAAUCAUCGAUUUUUCAGGGGGAAAAAAUCUUCACAUUCGGUGACCGUAGAAGGGAUUUCUUCUCGCGACGAUCCGGGAGUGAGCUUAGUACGAUUCUUUGGAGAGGAGGAGAAAAAAUAGGAAAGUUAUCCGGAUCUGGAUAACCUUUGGAUCUGGAUCUGGAAGAUCGCUGGCAGGGGUUAGCGCAGAUUCCGCAGAGUAUUUACCGCCGAUCGAUCUUUCCAAAUCUGUAGGAGAUUGAGGGGGUUUUUUUUAUGGUUCAAGUUUGAGGGCUUCUUCCUCGAAUUCGUUCCCCCGUGUCCAAAUUUGAAAGGGUUGUUAGGGGAAUCGUCAAUCUCAUCUCCUCCAAAUUAGUUUCUCUGCCCUUUGCAAAGGAUCCACGUCGUUACCCAGGUUGACUUUCUUCUUCCUUUCUUUCUCUGUGAGGGAAAAGAUCAAAAUUUUCGGGGCAGGGGGAGGAGAACAAAUGGUGGUGAAGAUGAUGAGGUGGCCGACCUGGCCGUCGAGGAAGCUUGAGGCGAGAAUCGUGGUACAGAGGCUGGAAGGGCUGAAGAAGGAUGGUGAUCAAGUGGAGGAGAAAAAGGAGAGGAGGUUGGUGGUUGAGGUGAAGUGGAAAGGUGAAAAGGGGAUUGCUUUGAGGCCGUUGAGGAGGAAGAGGGCUGUGAAGAGGAAUUUGACUCAGGAAUGUGUGGGGUUUUGCGCUGAUGAUGAUGAUGGAGUUGGUUGUUUCCAAUGGAAUGAGGAUUUCACAAAUGUUUGCAGCUUUUCAGGUCAAAGAGAGGGCCUGUUUCUCCCCUGGGAGGUUGCUCUUACUGUUUUCAAUGUUACCAGCGAAGAAGGAUUAGAGAACAAAUUCCAGGCCACUGGGACUGCUGUGAUUAACCUUGCAGAAUUUGUUUCAACAACGACUGACACAGAGCUUCAAAUUCAUUUACCUCUAACACCUCCUACUGCCUCUCCUCCUCAAGGGACUAGUAGUCUUUUGCUUCAUAUAACUCUUGGGUUGACAGAGCUCAGAACGAUCGGGCCUCCAUUACAACAAGAUCAAAGAACAAUGGUGCCUCUUGAAAGGACACUCUCUUGUAUGUCAUCCUCAGGACACACUGAAGAGCUUACUGGUCUGAGAGCCCGGCUCAGAAAUGUCAGGCUCUUGCAAAGUGGCGGCAAGAAGAAGCAUUCAUUUGGUGAAGAGACCACCGAUAGUGAUGCGGCAGCAGCAAAUAACAUAUACUCUGAAGGAGGAGAGUCCUUCCGGAAUGAUGAAGCAGCUGCUGCUGGUUUAGAAUUUGAGGCAAUGGCUGAUGACGGUUCUCAGCCAUCACUGAAUUAUGCAGUAGCAUUGGCCUAUACUAAUUUUGCUCAAGGGUCAGCUUUGACGAACAUUAUGAGUGGUGGUGAAGGUGAGGAAUGGUCGGAGUGGAUAUAUUUCAACAACAGAAAGCUAGAUGAUGGAGGUGGUUCCUUUCAAUCUGAGCAAUCACCAGCUGAAUUUAUCUUCCAAGAACAUCCUUUGAAGGAGAGGCUGAAGUCUAGACUCUUCUUGCCUUGGAGGAAAAGGAAACUCGGGUUUGGAUCUUCCAAGGUCAGAGUUAAAGGAGAACCUCUUCUGAAGAAGCAUUAUGGGGAAGAAGGUGGAGAUGACAUUGAUUUCGAUCGCAGACAGUUGAGCUCCUCAUCAUCUGACGAAUCUAACUUCGGGGGGAGAAAAUCAGAAGAAUGUUCCACCACAAGCAGAUCAUCCUUCUCUGAAUUUGGAGAUAACGGCUGUUUCUCUGUAGGCAGCUGGGAAACAAAAGAAGUAGUGAGUCGAGAUGGUAAAAUGAAGCUCCAAACACAGGUCUUCUUUGCAUCAAUUGAUCAAAGGCAUGAGCGGGCUGCAGGAGAGAGUGCUUGCACAGCCCUGGUUGCCAUCAUUGCUAACUGGUUGCAGUCCAACCAAUAUGAAGAAGCCCCGAUCAAGUCGGUGUUUGAUGACCUGAUCAGGGAUGGAUCACUGCAAUGGAGAAACCUUUGUGAGAAUGAAGAGUACAGACAACGGUUUCCUGACAAACACUUUGAUCUAGAGACUGUCCUUCGGGCUAAUAUAUGUCCGCUCACUGUAGUACCAGAGAAGUCCUUCAUAGGGUUUUUCCAUCCAGAAGAGAUUGAGGAGGGAGCAGCAGAGAAUUUCAACUUCCUUCAUGGCGCCAUGUCCUUUGACAGCAUCUGGGAGGAAAUCAGCCGUAACAACAGCUCACCUGCUUCUGGUGAGCUUUUUGUCUACAUUGUGAGCUGGAAUGACCAUUUCUUCAUCCUAAAGGUGGACCAAGAUGCAUAUUACAUCAUAGACACUCUUGGGGAACGCCUUUUUGAAGGAUGCAAUCAGGCAUAUAUCUUGAAGUUUGACAAGGACACGACAAUCGAGCUUCUUCCAAAACCAGCCGAAUCUUCAUCAGAUGAAAAUUCCACCACCAAGGACAAGGCACAAGCAACAAACAGCAGCAACUCGCACGGAGAGAAAAGUGCAGAAGCUCAAUUGACCAUUGCAGCUAACUUAAGUGACACGGAUAAUUCUGAGACGGAAGAGAAAAUUUUGUGGCGAGGAAAGGAGGCCUGCAAGGAGUAUAUUAAGAGCUUCCUUGCAGCCAUUCCGAUCAGGGAGUUGCAGGCAGAUCUCAAGAAAGGGUUGAUGGCGUCUACCCCUCUCCAUCACCGCCUUCAGGUCGAGUUCCACUACACCCAACUCACAACUAACACAGGCGGCUGCAGUUGAAAUUCUCGCGCGACUGUUAGCACGAAGGAUAGCGAGCUUCCAGCAUAUCAUUAGCACUGGCUGUCGCUGUUGCUUAGAACAUAACUCAGACCAGACGCCAUUCCUCGAACAAGCCCGUCACCAACCAUGGCUCAACGUCUUCAUUUCUCCUCUUCCUCGCGUCCGUCGCCGUCUCUUCCGACUCCGAAUCCGGUCGCCGCUUCGUCCAAGCCCAAUCGACUAGCGUUCAAUUUCAGCUUCCUCCCUCAUCCCACCACUCCCACUCGUCUCUGCUUCGGCACCACCAACCGCCGCCGCCUCACCGUCAGGCCUCUGGCGGCGACGGCCCUCCCCACAGUUGCUUCCGACGAGAGUGCCGGCGGUCCGGGGAAGAAGCCGUUGCUCGAAGUCAGAGAUUUGAAGGCCGUGAUUGCCGAAACGGGACAGGAGAUUCUCAAGGGCGUCAACCUAGUCGUGAAUGAAGGAGAGGUCCAUGCUAUAAUGGGCAAAAAUGGUUCUGGGAAAAGCACAUUCUCAAAGGUUCUUGUUGGCCAUCCACAUUAUGAAGUUACCGGAGGUAGCGUUGUCUUUAAAGGGGAGAACUUGCUUGACAUGGAGCCGGAGGACAGGUCCCUUGCAGGGCUUUUUAUGAGCUUUCAGUCCCCAGUAGAAAUCCCUGGUGUCAGCAAUAGCGACUUCCUAAAUAUGGCUUACAAUGCUCGAAGAAGAAAACUAGGUCUUCCCGAGCUUGGACCAAUUGAGUUCUAUGCGUACCUGUUUCCCAAGCUUGAGCUUGUGAACAUGAAAAGUGAUUUUCUAAAUAGAAAUGUUAACGAAGGGUUCAGCGGUGGUGAAAGGAAAAGGAACGAGAUUCUACAGCUCGCGGUUCUGGAAGCAGAUUUGUCCGUCUUAGAUGAGAUUGAUUCUGGUCUGGAUGUCGAUGCUCUCCAAGAUGUUGCGAAAGCAGUAAAUGGACUCUUGACGCCUAAGAAGUCUGUUUUGAUGGUUACACAUUAUCGACGGCUUUUGGAAUUCAUCCAGCCUUCCUUCGUCCAUAUCAUGGAGGAUGGAAGAAUUAUAAGGACUGGGGAUAUGAACAUAGUAAGUCUUCUUGAGAAGGAAGGUUAUAAAGCAAUGUCUACAUCCUGAAUAGUUUGGUGAAGCAUCUAUUAUCCAGUCAACAACACUGGUGCUAUUAAAUUUUGAGUCGAACCCGUCGUUUAAUCAAAGGGCUACUCAUUUUUGUCAAGACUGGAUGAAGCAUCUAUCAUCCAAUGUCAUUCCUUUCUCUGUGUAUUGAGGAACAGUUAUUUCCAUGUAGAAAUGGAUACCAGGAGUAGGCUUGACCCUCAGCUGAAUCAGCUCUCUCUUGAACUUCUCUAUCGAGCCAUUGUUUUGUAUAGAACUAUAUAGCUCUGCUACUGUCGACGACUAAUCAAUAGCCAACAAUGUUUUUCGCUUGUUGAUCAGCAA